UUUUGGGUCAAAGUUGAAAGGCUCUAGCUUCCUGGUUUCGGCGGCAAUGCGUAGAAGUCUGGACGUUUUUGUAUCGAACAGAUAGUAAAAUACUAAGAUAUAAUAGCACCACAUUUCGUACAGCAAUGAGUUUACCUCUGAACCCGAAACCCUUCCUGAACGGCCUGACAGGCAAGCCGGUGAUGGUGAAGCUGAAGUGGGGGAUGGAGUACAAGGGCUACCUAGUGUCUGUGGACAGCUACAUGAACAUGCAGUUGGCGAACACAGAAGAGUAUGUGGAUGGAGCGUUGGCUGGUCACCUUGGAGAAGUACUUGUUAGGUGCAAUAAUGUUUUGUAUAUUAGAGGAGUGGAGGAAGAAGAGGAGGAUGGAGAAAUGAAAGAAUGAUGGCGAGGAUGAGACUUGCAACUGAAGAUCUGGAUGAGUGUUGUUUUGAAUCUUUGUUUUUUCAUUUUCACUAUGUGGAAAAUGGACUCUUGGUAAGAAAGUUAGCUUUAUAUAGGUGAAACUUUCAAGAGCAAUUUUUUUUUUUUACUGUUUAUGAUCCAAUAUGUAUUAUAUCACUGUAUAAUAAAUUGAAAAGAUGAUGGUUAUUGUACCCAUUCCUAAA